GUGGGUCGGAGGGCCUUGCGCUGCUCCGAGAGGCCUCACUCAGUCACCGGCCGUUAGAGGGGGAACAUCGCCGCCCUUUCGCGCCUCGAAGACCCGCGUGACGCCCCGAGAGCCUCGCCGCGCAGACAUGGCCGACCUCGACGAGAGCCUGGCGGAGGAGGAGCUGGAGCUGGCCCACAAGGUGGAGCUGCCGCCGAUCGCCGCCACCCUCAAGGUCGAGCUGGGCCUCAUGAUCCUGUCGGCCAUCGCGGGCGUCUGCGCGAACCUCGCGGCCAUCUGGGUGGCCGCGUCGGCGCGCAAGAGCAACGUCAUCAACUUGUACGUGCUGCAGCGGGCCGUGUCCGACCUGCUGUACCUCCUGACGGUGCCGGUGCUGGCGGCGCGGAUCCUCAUGCGCACGUGGGCGUUCGGCAGCGCCAUCUGCAAGCUCACGGUGUCGAGCGCGCACAUGUGCAUCUUCGCGAGCUCGGCCUUCCUGGUGGCCAUGAGCGUGGAGUGCUACAGGCACUACGCCCACAACGCGCCCAUGGCCCGCACGCGGUGCUUCUACGCGGCCACGACCCUCAUCUGGAUCGGCGUCGUGUCCCUCAGCGCCUCGCUCAUCUCGUACAUCGACGUCGUUAAGGGCUACAGCGGCAUGUUCUUCUGCACCGUCACCGACUUCAACCUCAAGUUCCUCACCUUCAUCGACAGCCUGUCCAUCGUGAUGGUGAUGGUGCCGAUGCUGAUCAACUGGGGCUGCAUCCUGCGCAUGGCGGCCGCUCGGAGGGCGUGGAAGCGCAUGGGCCUCAGCGAGAAGGCGCUCGCCAACAGGCGCUUCCUGGUGGCGCUCAGCGCGGCCUACACGGUCCUCCUCACCCCCUUCUGCAUCACGCGGCUGCUCGGCAUGACCUCCUCCUUCAGCCUCACCCUGCUGAGGGCGCUGCAGCUGACCAGCCCGCUCACCUACAUCAACGCCACCGUCAGCCCCGUCAUCUACCUGCUGCUGCGGCGGCGGCUGACGGCGCCGGGCGAGGGCGAGCGGCAGUCGCAGGAGGCCAUCACGUGCGUCGAAAUCUCCUCGGACGCGUGAGGAGCCGCGUCGCGCCCGAGGACCUUGGUCUCGCCGAGGAAGGAGUUCGGGUCCGGGAGAGGACGGGGUCUGGGGCCGGCGGCGCGGGUCUCGGCUCCGCGCGCGCCGGGCCAUGUGUUCGCUUUGCCUCGUCCGGCCGCGCAGCCCGAGGAGGCAUCGCUAAAUUGAGUGCGAGCAGAGAGAGAGAAAGAGAGUGAGAGGCCAACCCAAGCGAGCGCCCUGCCGCACGAGGAAACAAAAUUCGACUUUCCUAGUAUUCCUGAAAUUUGUCUUUUAUUCCUUUCCACAGUGGUUCAUCUUUUCGCAAAUGUUUUAGGCGUUACAAUGGUUGUAAUUGUUGUACAUUAACGGAACAAAGGAUAGGGAAAUAAAGUACAUGUACGUAAAAGAAUUUAUAAGUAUUAACAAAUACACAUGGAAUAAACGAUAUUAUAUA